AUGGAUAUAAAUUGCAUUGGAAUUGAAAGCAAACGUGAUGGAUUCCGAAAAUAUUUGGAAUCGACUGGGAUGACUGAGAAAUUAACAACAGCUUUGAUGAAACUUUAUCAAGAAGAAGAGCGACCUGUCGAUGCUGUUGGAUAUGUCAAGAACUUCCUUUCUCCUGGUGAUUCAGAGAAUUGCAUAACACCGGAAAAAUUUGAAGCUUUGCAAGCUGAAGUGGAGAAAGUUACAAAGGAACGUGACCGAUUAACUUUAGAUUUGGCAGAGGCAAAAGGUUCAAUCAAGAAAUCAGCAAGUGAAAUCGAUUUGGCUUUGACGAAUUUAUUUCGUGACUUUGAUGAAGAUGAAUCAGGAAAGUCAAUGUUGAAGGAAUAUUUAACUGAAGAAUUGUUUCUGAAAUUGAAAGGACUUCGAACGGAUCUUCGUGGAUAUCUUUUGGAUAACAUUCAAAGUGGUUUAACACAUUAUGAUCAAGAAAUUGGAAUAUUUGCUUCAGAUCAAUAUGCUUACGUCACAUUUGGAGAACUUUUCAAUCAGGUUUUAGAAGAUCUUCAUAAUGUUGAAACACCUGAAGCUGAUGAAGUUGAAGGUGAGGAUAGUGAACUUCCUAAACCGAUUGCACAACCAGAUGUUGAUUGGGGAGAUGCUGAAGAGUUAAACGAUCUCGAUCCUGAAGGACUUUUCAUCAAGUCGAUUUCCAUUUCUGUCAGUCGUUCAUUUCAUGGCAUUCCAUUCAUGCCUACAAUUCCACUUAAUAAAUUAAAAGAAAUUGCAGAAAAUUUGAAUAAAAUUCUUGUGACAAUCACCGAUGAAGAAUUUCAAGGAAAAUAUUUCGAUUUGGCUGAAAUUGAUAAGGAAAUGAAGGAAAAAUGGAUUCAAGAAGGAAUUUUGUUUCCAAAUCCUGAUGACAAAUACUUAAAAGCAGCUGAAACUUAUCGUUUCUGGCCAUUACAGAGAGGAAUGUUUCUCAACGACAAGGAAAACUUUCGUGUUUGGGUGAAUGAAGAAGAACAUCUUAAAAUUACUGCAUUCGAGGAUGGAUCGAAUCUCCGUGAAGUUUUCAAACGUCUCGUCAAAUCUUUGGAAUAUUUCAAUGACUUAAAGUUUGCUCGUGAUGAACGUUGGGGAUUUGUUACUCACAAUUUGAAGAAUAUCGGAAACACUCUUCAAAUAACUGUCAAAGCAAAAAUCCCAAAGCUGUCACUGCCAGAAAAUAGCGAACAACUUGAUGCAUUUGCUACUGGAAACGACAUCGCAUUCAAAGAUCUUGGCCUUGGUUUAUUGGAAUUGACAAGCAAGAAGCGAAUGGGAAUAACAGAAAUUGAAACAGCCAAAGCAUUCCAAAAAGGAAUCGCUGAGAUGAUCACAGCCGAGAAGUGUUUGUACGCUUAAAUUAUGCAAGUUUAAUCAACUCACCUUCCACUUUUCACUAUUUCUUGA